GAUUGAAGUUACUCAUUCGUGUCUUUUGAUCAAAUCUACCUAUUCUCUGGGCAAUACAACAAAUAGCAGAUCAAUACAUUGAAAGAUCCAAUAUGACAAUACCAGCAAAUUUAACCAUGGUGCAGAGAUGCGAAGAGGUUCGCGCUCUUCUCGCUUUUGAAAGACCAGAAAAUCCUGAAACCAACGAAAUAGAAUGGCAAUCUUUUCUUCACAGACGCCAUGGUUUAUAUACCAAAUUCCCAUAUGAAAGUGAUGAUGACGAUGACGAUGAAGAUGAAGACGAAGACGCGAAAACUCAGGAACGGCAUUCAUAUUCUAUCUCAGAUGCGAAACCACAGAGAAAUUCAUUCUUGCGAUUAACCGAAACACUUUCGAAUUCAUCGUCUCAAAUUAAACCCGCUCAAGUGACACAUUCUUCCACCAGGUGCUCCGAAGAUCCGGAAACAAUUAAUACUCGUCUCGGUAUCAUUCUCGUGCAAUCUUCCCGUUCAAUCAACACGCUUCAAUCAUGCUUCAACUCCGAACUGGCAUUAUUGACGUCUCGAUAUGCUGGUUUGGCUUUUGUGAAAGAUGGAGGAAAAGUCCCACUACUUGUUGAGACUCAUGAAUUGAUUGGUGAUACGUUAUCGCUCUGUGCUUUUUUUCUUGCGUUGCCGAACUUGGAAUGUGCUGGGAUGGAAUUUGCUGAGCUGUUGAAAAAUGCUUUUUGGCUCUCCCACUCUACAUCCUCUUCUCCUCUCCUGCAACUCUUCGCCUUGCGUCUCCUGUCUCUUGCGCUUUAUCUUUUUCAUCCAUUGGGUUUACCUAGUACUAGUAUCUACACAUCGGCGAUGCCCGCGCCGGAUAGUAUCUUGAACUCGUGUUAUCAUGUUGAUCUUUAUGAGAAGGCGGCGCGGAUUUUUGGGGAUGUGGGCAUAUCGGAGGUGGCGGAGAGGUAUGCGGGGGUGGCGAGGUGGGGACGGCUUUGUGUGGAGGGUGAAGGGGGGAUUUGAGGUUGGGCUGUUGAUUGAAUAGGCGGGUAUACAUGUGAGGUCAAAGUCAAAAUAUCUGGUGCGAUUACAAGGGGUUUCAAGAGGCUAUGGCUGGUUGAUUGACUGGUUGACCGGCUGAUCAAUUUCGAAUACCCGAGAUGCAAACCGAGAAUGCGAUAAUGAGAUUCUAUCGCUACUUUAGGUGUCUUGUGUUCUCAUCAAUCUGAGUAUAUCAAAUACUACCUACCGAGACAACAUGAAUUAGCCCGGAAUGCUAGAAGAAUAUUUGAGUAUGGCUAAUACGAUAAGUACCUACUUAUCUUCUCGAUCGCGGAUCUCUACAUAUGCCCUUCAUCAAUCAAGACUUGUUCUUCUUGUUUCCCACCGGUUUCUUCCUUUCGUUGCCGUGUGAUGUCAGGGCUUCUACUUCUACUUCCAUCUGGGUAUGUAGGUAGUAGUGAAUAUCUCCUUGUUGUGUUGUGUUGUGUUGUGUUUUAUUUUGUUUCGUUCGAUACAUGAGAUAUGAGAUCGAAUGCAUGGGAUGAUCGCUACGAUGUUGAUUAGAGAGGUUGCUUCGAGCUUCGGAACAGUGAGAUUCGCUUCGCUUUGGGUUCGGGCUUUGGGAAUGGCUCGUGAUUAAUCUGUGCAAAGGCUGCUUUCUUUUGCUUUUGUCUUUGCGCUGAGUCUGGGGCAUUUGUAUGUGUUAUCAUACCUUUGGGGGGCGAUUGUUGGGACUGGGACUCUUGGGUCUCUCUAGUGUCUCCUAUCGAUCGUUUUUGGGAUGUGAAUCUGUUCUGAAGGAAUCAUAAAUCUUUGCACAAAUGAGAGUGUUGGGGGAUAGUUUCUAGGUCAUGAGAAUUGUCGUCAUCGACAAUCAAGCCAUAUAUCGUGAUGGUCUAGUCAUUUCCUUGCUAAUAUGAUAGGAGGAUUGUCA